AUGAGCAAGGACUCUGCCAGAAUGGCAGAUUUCACAGUCUCUGGCAGCUAUGGUAUGACAAUGUCAUGCAAAGAGCCAUGUGACGGCAGUCAAGGACCCGGGGCCGAUGUUCCUAGCAGCGAGGCCUUCGAAGAGAUCUACGAGCUGUUGGGCAAGUUGAGCCCCAUGCGCCGCGCCGAAGCGCUCCAGAGGGAUCUCACUGAACCCGAGCGUCGGGGGCUGGAGUCCUGGAUUCUGGCUGGCUCGCGGCCCUCUGGGCAGAUUGAGGACUCUCAGCAUCCUCAACAUCCCCAGCUGGAUGGACACCAGCAUGGUCCUUGCCAUGCUGAAGGAAACCCGAGGUCCACUGCCACCUCAUCGAAUGAAAGGAGCAGUGUGGGCACCCUCAUCCAGCGCUCGAGGGUAUCAGGUGCAGCCAGUCACUGGUAUUUUGCCAACAUCUGCCUGCCCGGCUUGCACAUUGUUUCCCGGAUGCGGAGGGACUACCACGCCGCACUUCGUGACGGUGAGGUUCUGACGGGGGCGAAGAGGUUCGUCAAGGGGGCUCUGAGCACAGGCCACUCCUUUGACGAGGCAAUCCGCACGGCGCUGGCAAGCAGCUUGUCAGGCCAAUCUUCUUCCGCCGCCGAGGUCAGCAACUGCUCAAAGAUGCCAGGCUCCAAGCGGCGACAGGCGCGUGCAGGAGGAGCCGGCAAGGAGCCGGAGGCCCUCUUUCUGCGCUUCUAUGCUGCAGUGCAGCUGGGAGGAGGAUUUAAUUCGCUCUUGCGCUCCCCGUGCUGCUGGGAUCUGGAUUCAGCCCUAGCUGCCAGGCUGCGCAGCGAUGCUGUGCUAUCUAUGUGUUCUCAAGACACGUAUGUCUAA